AUGUCCUCCAGCGAGUUGUCACCAGAAGAGUUUAUUGAGAUCUGCCCUUCACCCAUCUCAAAACCGCCGGCCCCCGUAGCCCGCCUCCCGGCCAACCCAGCACCUCCCGACCCAGCUCUCGUCCGGUUCAUGAGGGAGAACUGGAGCUCCCUCAGAGAAGAGAUUCAUAAUUCGGGACUCUUGAUGCCGCCCGACGGACAGAACCUCACCGCUCAGAGGAGGCAUCGUUCCCGGGCGCCCAACACCCGCUCUUCCCGGCACCCCUCCGCGCCCUCUGGCCGCCGGCCAGCAUCAAGAAUUCAGAGACAUCCCAGAGGCGCCGACCGCCCAGCGCACUCCGCGCCAUCCCGGCAGCGCCGCUUCCCGCCGCCGACCGCUACCGUCUCCCGGCCGCCAUCCAGCCAGGCCCAACCUGGCUAUUCCAGCGGCGACCCCCGCCCUGCCGCUCCCUCUCCUCCAAUCGCGGCCAUCCGGCCGGUGCCCCGCUCGUCACCUGCAGCUUCAGCGACCCAGGAGGAGCCUCAUCAGCAGACCUCCAUCUUCUCGCCAGUGACCGCGGAGGAGUUGGCGGAGCAUUCGCCAACCCCUGCGCCGGAGUUCACGAUGGAAGAGGAGGAUCCGCUGCUGGGGUUCAACCUGUUCCAAUCGCCUAGGCCACCCACCCCACCCAGGCCAAACCCUCAGCCGCAUUUGGCCCACCGCCAAGAAGAAGACAUGGAGAUGGUAGACCUCACCGCCCCAACGCCGGCUCCGCAUCCAUCUCCCGAUGCCGUGCCCGCGGUGCCUCUGCCACCUGCCCGCCCGCACACUCGAAUGGUUCGGGACGUAGCCACUCAGACUUCUCGCCGCACUUUCGGCGUGGCUUCAAGAACUUAUAAGGCGCAAGGAAGCCCGAUCAUCUGCACGGGCUCUCCACCACUCUGCACCCCACGCCAGCGGUCGCUCCGGCACACAACCUAG